AUGGUGUAUCUGCUAGGCGUGAAUUUACCAGAUCAGAAACUAGUAAAAAUAGCGCUGACGAGGUUCUAUGGAAUUGGGCUCACGACGAGCGAGCGUAUCUGUGCAUAUCUCUCCAUCCACGACAAGGCGAAGAUUGGGCAGCUACCAGAGCACACAGUCACGGAGCUUUCAUCGUUCCUGUCUGCACCCCCAGCGCUGCCACAGACGCACUACCUCUCCAAUUUCAAAAUGGAGGCUGAUUUGAGAAGAGACGUGCGGGCGAACAUCGACCACCACCGCCAGAUUGGCAGUUACAAGGGCAGGAGACAUGGCCAAGGCUUGCCGGUCAGAGGUCAAAAUACUCACAGUAACGCACGCACAGCGAGACGCGUGAAUAGGCUGUCCAUGCGUGGAUACGCUACGUGGGUUCUCCGCUAG